GGCUGCCUGACUGGAAUGAGGGUAGCUGCGGCGACUGCGGCGGCGGGAGCGGGGCCGGCCAUGGCGGUGUGGACGCGGGCCACCAAAGCGGGGCUGGUGGAGCUGCUCCUGAGGGAGCGCUGGGUCCGAGUGGUGGCCGAGCUGAGCGGGGAGAGCCUGAGCCUGACGGGCGACGCCGCGGCGGCUGAGCCUGAACCCGCUCUCGGGCCCGCGGCGGCCGCCUUCAACGGCCUCCCGAACGGCGGCAGCGCGGGCGACUCACUGCCUGGGAGCCCGAGCCGCGGCCUGGGCCCCCCGAGCCCACCCGCGCCGCCGCGGGGCCCGGCGGGCGAGGCGGGCGCGUCACCGCCCGUGCGCCGGGUGCGGGUGGUGAAGCAGGAGGCGGGCGGCCUGGGCAUCAGCAUCAAGGGCGGCCGCGAGAACCGGAUGCCGAUUCUCAUCUCCAAGAUCUUCCCGGGACUGGCGGCCGACCAGAGCCGGGCGCUGCGGCUGGGCGACGCCAUCCUGUCGGUGAACGGCACCGACCUGCGCCAGGCCACCCACGACCAGGCCGUGCAGGCGCUGAAGCGCGCGGGCAAGGAGGUGCUGCUGGAGGUUAAAUUCAUCCGAGAAGUGACGCCAUAUAUCAAGAAGCCAUCGUUAGUAUCAGAUCUGCCAUGGGAAGGUGCAGCUCCCCAGUCACCAAGCUUUAGUGGCAGUGAGGACUCCGGUUCUCCAAAACACCAGAACAGCACCAAGGACAGGAAGGUCAUCCCUCUCAAAAUGUGCUUUGCUGCUAGAAACCUAAGCAUGCCGGACCUGGAAAACAGAUUGAUAGAGCUACAUUCUCCUGAUAGCAGGAACACGUUGAUCCUACGUUGCAAGGAUACAGCCACAGCACACUCCUGGUUUGUAGCUAUCCACACCAACAUAAUGGCUCUCCUCCCACAGGUGUUGGCUGAACUCAAUGCCAUGCUUGGUGCAACCAGUACAGCAGGAGGCAGCAAGGAGGUUAAGCACAUUGCCUGGCUGGCAGAACAGGCAAAACUAGAUGGUGGAAGACAACAGUGGAGACCUGUCCUCAUGGCUGUGACUGAGAAGGAUUUGCUGCUUUAUGACUGUAUGCCGUGGACAAGGGAUGCCUGGGCAUCACCGUGUCAUAGCUACCCUCUUGUUGCCACAAGGUUGGUUCAUUCUGGCUCCGGAUGUCGAUCACCCUCACUUGGAUCUGACCUUACGUUUGCUACCAGGACAGGCUCUCGGCAGGGCAUUGAGAUGCAUCUCUUCCGGGUGGAGACGCAUCGGGAUCUAUCGACCUGGACCCGGAUACUUGUUCAGGGUUGCCAUGCUGCUGCUGAGCUGAUCAAGGAAGUCUCUCUAGGCUGCACAUUAAAUGGCCAAGAGGUAAGACUCACUGUCCACUAUGAAAGUGGGUUCACUAUCUCCAGGGAAAAUGGAGGUUCCAGCAGCAUAUUGUACCGUUACCCUUUUGAAAGGCUGAAAAUGUCUGCUGAUGAUGGCAUCAGAAAUCUGUAUCUGGAUUUUGGUGGUCCUGAGGGAGAACUGACCAUGGACCUGCACUCCUGUCCGAAGCCGAUAGUAUUUGUGUUGCACACAUUCUUGUCGGCCAAAGUCACUCGCAUGGGACUGCUUGUAUGAGCAGCAAAAAAAUCAGUAAAGAGCCUUGAAUGUCACAAGAAGUAUUUCCACCUCAAAAAAAAAAAAAAGCACAAAAAGAAAGCUCUUUGCUCUCUCCUCCAGCACAGUGCCUUGACAAGGACCUACAAAUCACUGCUGAACUGUAACCAUGUUUAAAGAAGAGCUUGCCUUUUUCAAACUACCUUGCCAGAAAUUCUAGGACUCUAGUAAGCUGCAAAAUAAGGCUGUUGAUUUAUUGUCUAGUUUCCUAAUGUGGUUUCUAAGUAAUUAGGUUUAUUUCCCUUGAUAAGAAGGGUGGCUCAUUCUUUUUCUUUUUGGACAUAAUCAAACAUCUAAUAGUUUCUUUUUUUUUCUUUUUCUUCUUCUUCCAAUAGAAUUUGUUUCAGGCUUAGCCUUGAUCUUUUGCUUAGGACAGCUAUCUCUAACCAGGUGCUAGUUUGCAGCAGCCCGUGCUUCUUGGUCACUCCAUAUAGUUUAUACAUUUUGUUGGAUUUUACUGUCUUCACUUACUCGUUCUACCCUAGGAAGUCCUUGAAUUGCAUCACCAAAGGGUUCUUCAUCUGUCAUGGCUCUCCCUGCAUCCCACCCUGGCCAUCACUUCCCACUGCAUCACAAGCUUUGCCACUCAUAAGUGCUAACUUUAAGACUUAGAACUUGCAAGAUUUGAUUUACCUUGCCUUCCACUCCCUUUCUAGUAGUGACCAACUUGAAAAACAAGUUGGAAACCACUGCUUUGAAAGAAAAGUUUUGCUUGUUUUAGGAUUUUCUGAUUUUAUCUUUUGUAGGAGCCAGGGGAUAAGAUUUAUUUUAAAAGAAAAUCCUCAUUUUAGCCUAAGCCAUUUUUUAUUGCUUACCAAAUGUGCCUUUGGUUAGGGUUAGUGGAGCUUUAUUAGUUUGAAUGACUGGAUAUCACUGCCAUUCCAGGGAGAUCAUCUAUCUAAUAUUGAAGAAUAAUUUUUGCGGUGGGUUUCCUUAGUGCGGUAUCUUUUUUAGUUGGCAGAUCUCUUUAAGGAAGACAAAUCCUGGAGAGCCAGCUUGUUGAAAGAGUACACUUUGUCAGUGAAGCCAGCUUGCUCUUUAGCACAAACAUCAUGGCACAUUGCUUUGAGCUGUGUGAGCCCAUGCAGGAUCCUGGCCCUGGCCCUCUCCCUCUGUGGCAACAGAGUGGCAUCCGUCAGCAACUCUAAUUCAGUGCUGGCUCAGUGAUGCAUCCUACAAUGGGCAGGGUGAUGAGACCAUGGAACAGCUACCUGGGCUUUGCUAAGCGUUGUCAGAUAUCAUCAUUAGGACAUAGCAGCAGUAAGAUUGCUGAUUUUGUGGUACUGGAGAACUCAGCUGCUUUUUCCUAAUUAUGAAGGAGUAUGUAUCUGAAAACAUUUAAAAUAGUAUAAUAGCUAUAUAAAAUGUCAAGGUUAGCACAGUCCCCAGAUCUGAAAGAAAAGGUAACACUGACUUUGAUGUUCUCUCUGCUCUCUGAAGAAAGUUCUAGGAAUAGUUCUCAUUUACUAGAGUUAUCAGGAAUGCCAUAAGAGGACGUGAGCACUAUGGAGGGUGGAGAAGGGUAGCAGUCCAAAGAUGAAAAAGAAAAAAAACCCAAAAACCCACAAAUGUACUAUUUGCAAAGCAAGAGCUAUUUGGUUUGAGUGCAGACUGACCUAUAGGUGGGACAUAUAAAAGAGCAGACUCAUGAGCAGAGAGAGUUCUAGUUGGACAUUGUAACCUCAUUGUCUUCCCUCUGCCCCAUAAAUGAGUUCUUCCCCCAGCUCCAGUCCCCAAAGUCUGAUCUACUUAAAACUGGAAAUUGAAAUCUAGACUAGAAUAUAUCUUUUAAGAGCUUUUUUAUGUUUUGAAAAUUCAUAAAUCUAAGUUUGGUUCCAUCUGGCAUACGUUUGCAAAUCAGAGAAGAAAGAAUCUUGAAGAUCCAGCUAUGGUUUCUGGAAGCAGAAUUUCAACACACAAUACCCUCAGAUAAGGGAGCUUAGACACUUUUGGCAGUGAGAGUAUUAUUAAUCUGAGAAGUCGAACAAUGCAGUCACAGACUUUUGCAGCAAAGCCAUUUGGUGAGGUUUUCUGUGUUAGUAUGAAAGGCUAAGCCACUGAGAAUAUUUUCCGGGAGAACUUCUGAGCCACGCUGCUCAUUCCUUCUAUGAAAAAGAUCUGUUAAAAGGUAUGAUUAAAAUGUGGGCAGGAGAGGUAAGCAUUGUGUGCAUUUCGGCUCAUUUUGCUCAAGCUUUAGCUGUCAUAGCACCAAGAUCCAUAGGUUUCUAGUAUCUUUUGAGUCUUGAUGUGAAAUGAAAGUGUAUGGAGGGUUUCCUUUGACCACUAGCGCCCCAAGAGCAAGAGCCCUUCAGCUGCUUGUUUAACAUACUUCAGCAGCUUUCCAAUCAUGGGUGACCAGGUUGUUCUUUAAUUGUGUUUGUGGGAUUUUCAAACCACAAAUGAAGUGCUUUUUAUGAAUGGGACAGCCGUGAUAAAUAGGUAUUUUGUAUUAAGAUGCCAGAAUGUGGCAAAUUAUUUUCAAGUGAUAACUGAAGAGGGGCAUUUUUGAUAUUUCACAUCUUUUAUAGAACAGCUGACUUUUCACUUCUUUUUCAUUUUGAAAUAGGAAAAUUGUUGAGAAUGUGGUGGGCUUCCAUGUGUAGAGUGGAAAGGAGCUGCAUAGUAGUGCCCCCUCAUUCCGAUGGACACUCCUCGUGCCCUCGGGAACCAGGGCUUAGACGUCUUCUCCACAUUCCACACAGAGGCCUACGAGCAGCCAAUUGGUGUGUGAAAAUUCUUCCUCCUCAUUCUCUAAAACGU